AUUAAAUGACUCUGCACCCUCAAACAAAUUAAAAAAUUUCAGUCACGUCCCAAAUCCCUAGCCCAAAAUUCCAGUCAGAUGCUCAUCUCCCUUCUUCUCCCUCGCUGUCCGUCAUCUCCGGCACCCCUCGUCCGUCGUUGCUGACCCAGAAGAAGGUGUUGCUACUGCUGUUUCCGGUGUCCCUCGUCCGUCGCUGCUGUUUCAUCUUCCUCGCUCCGUUCGCCCUGUCAUCUCCGGCGUCCACAUCUCCGUCUUCUUUGCUGCUGCUCGCCGUCUUCUCCGUCCACGUCUCCGUCUUCUCCGGCGUCCACAUCUCCGUAAAGUUGACUCGGUUAUGGCAGCUCCUCCAUCAUCAAUUGAUCAGGUGGAGACUGAUGAAGAGUAUGUAUUGCUUGAUCUGGAUGGUGUUUUGAAGCAAGUUGACAUUCCAGCAAAUGCACCAUAUGUUCUAUCUGGCUUGGAUACGUUAAAUCCUAUUUUGAUCAUCAACGACAAAAUAAAGCUGAUUGGAGAAUAUGAAGAAACUAUUGGAACAUGCUUUGUUUUCACUGAAGGGGAAGCAGCUCCCGUGGCUCAUGAAGAGACAGGACCAUCCGAAGUCAAUCUCUUUUCGGGCAAAUUCAUAGUAGAUCCAAAGCAAGCUCCAUCAAAGGAAGUCAAGCCGAUUGCCAGCCUCCAAAAGGUUCUGAAGUUCAGAUUAUUACCAGAAACCGACAUCGAAGAUGCAACAGCCACACAGACAAGCACAUAAUCAGGCCAAGAAAAUGUAGAUAGUCCAGAUGUUAUGGUGCAUUGCUACCAUAAUUCAGAUAUCAGAGCAAUCGCCCUUUUCAGUGUCAUGGCCUCUGUUUAGAUGAGCUAUAUAUUUUGACAGAGACUGUGUUUUUUUGAGGCUAAAUAGCAUAAAUAGGCAUUAAAUUUUUUAUACUAAGAUACAAAAAGGUUACUGAAAUUUAAUUUGUAGUUAAAUGGUCAUUGUAUUUCAUUGUAAUACAUUACUCUAUAAUUAUCAUUAAUUGUUGUUAAAAGAA